CGGUGUGAUCACUAGCACUUCCGGGAUUUUCCGCAGUGAGGCGUGGUGACGAGUUCCAACAGCAAAACAGCUUUAAUCCUCAGAAGCUGUGAGAUGGCAGAGCCUCGAAGUCAGGUCUCGACUUCCAUGUCCCAGAAGUCAAUGGGAUUUUCGGCCUCGGAUGGGCCAGCAACAGAGAUGGACCCGGUGGAAUACACCCUCCGCAAGCGGCUGCCCAGGAAGCUACCAAAGCGGCGCAAUGAUGUCUACAUCAACAUGAAGACUGACUUCAAGGCCCAGCUGGCCAGGUGUCAGAAGCUGCUGGAUGGCAGUGCAGGUCACAAGGAGAUCUGCAUUCAUGGCCUUGGACUCGCUAUCAAUCGGGCCAUUAACAUUGCUCUGCAGUUGCAGGCAUUCAGUCAGGGGGCAAUUCAGCUCGCUGCCAACACCUCCACUGUAGAGCUCAUAGAUGAUCUGGAACCUGAGGAUCCAGAUGAAGCUGGGGAGCCACUGACACGCACGCGCAACAACUCUGCCAUCCACAUCAAAGUGUUCUACCCCAAUGCUUAAAGACAGAUCCAGCUACAAAGUUUUAAGAAGUGAGACUAUUGACUUCAUGUCCAUGUUGAUAAUACACGAGAAAAGGACAAGCCAGUGUUUGGUUUUAGUUGUAUCAGGCUGUAAGCUUUCUUCUUUGCUAAUGCACUGAAAGUGCAACCUGUUACAAUGAAUUACAAACAUUGCUGAAGAGAUGCCAAAUUGGAGACAUUCAGAUGAAACGGCAUUAUGUAAAAUUAUGAUAUUACUGUCUGAACUGGAAAUUAGGAAGACUUUGUGUGAAUUUAGCUAAGCAGCACUGUCCAAACCUGCCAUUUCACUGACAGUAAAUGGAAGGAGAUCUAGUCUUCAGGGAGAAGAACUGUGACCUGUAUCUGUGAAUCAUGUUUCUGUAGUUCUCAUACAACCAGGAGGUAAAACAUUUUGUGCUGGUGUGUUGUUUUGGAGUGAAAAAUAUUAUUAAAUGUGUCUCUGCAUGUCAGAUUUCCCCGAAGCACAAAUCGAUGUAUUUUUUUUAAUUAAUCUUAUUUUUGAACAUUUGUUGCAUAGUUGUUUAAAUAAAGCACUAUUAUAUACGUAUACAAUUUCCUCCUCAUCCAUGGCUCUGUGCAAGUCUUUUACUGAGUAAUAUAAUUUUGAAAGGAUGUUUGGGGGAUUACUGGCAACUCAGCACAUCUAUUACUGCAUGCGAUGUGAAACGUAUCAAGCUUUAGCAAAGAUAUAAUUAUUUCUUAAUAUAAAGAAGCUUCAUAUUACCGAGGUAGCAAGCUGGUGUUAGCCCUCCACCAGCAGAAUUCUGAAAAGCUCUUCAGGUGUUUGUGUAAUGUUGUAUAGGGAGGACCAAUACAGCCACCAGAAACAGCUCAUUAUUCUAACAGAUCAGCAUGUGGAUAUUACUUAACUUACCACUAUUUUAUGAAGUCAUUUUAUCUUGGCAGAUUGGAUGUAUUUAUUAACUUAUUUUUGGUUAAAAAGGCUUCUGUCUUGCCACUCUACCUCAUAGCCCAGAGAUAUGAAGAAUUCGGGAGAUUGUUGUCAUAUGUAAGAAGCAGAUAGUACUUACCAGAAAUUGCUGCAAUUAUUUUAAUGUUGCUGUAGGCCUCUUGGCAUCCUGUCUAACCAGUUGUCUCCUGACCUCUCAACAAUUUUAUAGGGACGUCCUGCUCUUAAUAGUGACACUGUCAUGCCAUAUUUUCUCCACUUGUUGAUUAUUGUCUUUUCAACAAUGAGAUCCCAUACCUGCUUUGUAAGCUCUUUGUGGCCUAUAGUCUUUCCAGUUUUAUGUUACCAAGAUGUCUGGGAAAAUCUUAUAGGAACAGCUUUACUUUAUUUGGGAGUAAUCAGUUACUUUAAUU